CAGGUACAUAACGGUUGUUUUGUAUCGGUGCACGAAAUAUACCUCGACUGAGCAUUUUAAAGGACCAGGGCGACACUGUACCGUUAUUCGCCAGGUUGGCACGCACCCAUUCACAGGAGAUUUUUAUUAAGAGAAUUCUUAUAUUCGUGAAAUGGAUUUAAAACAAUUAUUAUGCUGACAAGAGUUUUUCUUUGCAAAGAAUGCAAGAUGAAGUUCCAUUUCAAAGCUUGACAGUCAGCAUUAAAGAAAUACAGUAAAUAUAACCCCCCAAAAUGGAAGCGAAGCAAUCUUAUUCAGACAUUUCCUCACUACUCAUGGACCAUCUCCAAAAACUCCGGCAGGUUUCCGGAAGAAGUCGGGAAGAUUCCGAAGUUGAGCGAUGUUUUCCAGAAAUCCGAUCACCAUUCAAACAAACAGACGGGAAUUUGUUCAAAUUCCCUCGGGACUAUAGAGAAAAUAUGGAGACAAGUAUCAGAAACUAUAUUCCAUCUCCGAAAAGUAGCAAAACCUCAUGUGCACUUUAUGGAGAAAAUUCAGACUGGAUGAUGGCGGAAAAAACAAAGUCUCGAACACCUCCUGCAUCGCCAGCAACGCCAUCUAGCUCUAACAGUGCCUUCAGAUACUCUCCAUCAGUGACUAAACAACAGAGAAUAGACAAUAAAGUGGUGGAUCGAGGACCCAAUGUGGCGGGGGACGACGAAAUAGUAUACUGUGUUCCUAGAACUAUUGUCACGGACCUAAAAUCUCAAAAAGACAGUUCCUCUGUAGAACAAACUCCCACAAAGCAAACCUACGGAUCUGACAUCAUAUCACCUUUUCGGAGAUCCUCGCCUAGUCCCAGUCAUUCGGAAGACUUGUUCCGCAGUCGGCAGUCAGAUACUGUUGAUAAUGGUACAUUUGAUGAAAGGCAGUCAGAGCGUGUACGGAAACAACUCAACUUUGACGCAUGCUCUUUGAGCAAAAAAUCAGGAAAUAUGGACGACUUUUACUACUCGUCAGAAAGGUCACGAAGUCCUUGUAAACAACGAAGGGAAGUAACUGAGGAUGAUUACGAAGAUCAAACGACCUCUCGUCUCGUCCUUCAACUUUUGUCUCAGAUCAAAGGUCAAGGGCGGAAGAGGAAGGCUUCGGAUUGCUGUAGCUGUGACUGUGAUUCCGAGAGUGACAGGGACAGUUUCAAAAGACAACGAAAUGAUUAUUUUGCAAACCAGUUCCGAUCAGAAGGUGAAUUUAACUGGAGAAGAUUAACAGAACAACAGGAAGUACUUCCAGAGAACUGCACAUGCGCUCUCAUGGAAAAAGAAUUCUUAAAGAUGGCUGAACAAGCCUAUAAGAACAUUAGACGCCAGGACGGAAGUUCAGAAAGUUUUGUUCGCUUUCAAAAGGAACUCUCUGAAACUAACGCCAUUAUCAAUGAGUCAUUAACAGUGCUAAAAAAUAUGAAGAAUAUUUGUGAACACCGCCAUAUUAAUAAAUAUUAAAUUUAUUUGUGUAUAUACAAGAGUUUACGCCGUCCAACGGGUGUGGUCUCAAAACAUUUGUAUUAUUGUAUAUUUUUUUUUUAUUGCAAUGUUUACGUGUUCAAUCAAGUUUUGCAAGCCAAAGUGUUCGAAAAAUUUUUUACAAGCUGAGCUAUAUAAUUGUGUUCAUAUGUAAAUUAUUUGUUGUGCUACCAACACUGCCUAUGUAUAUUUUUAGAUGAUUUUUAUGUAUAUAUUGUACAUACAUUUUUGUACAUCACAGUGAUCAUUUUUUACAGCAUAUCUCCAUUUAUUCAGAAUAACCCACCUUGUAAAUAUGUUUUGGUAACAAGGACAUCUUUUAAAAAAGGUGUUUAUUUGUCCUCUCCCGACUAAGGAUAUAAGAAAUUUGAUUUGUAGAAAGGGAAAAAUUGGGGAAAAGAGAAUAAAAAUAUUUGUUGAUGGGAUGGAAGAAAUUCUGAAUUAAAAAAAAUGUUUCCUGGAGUUUUGAUGAAAAAGUUUGCGUCGGGUAAUUUUUAGUCGAGAAAGUGCAAAAAACAUUUUUUUUUAAAGAUGGCCCAGUCGAUUUUUAUUAUGUGAGUAGAUUUUUCAUACAUCUUGUUUGAGGUAAUGGUGUUUGAAUAACAUCUUUGAAACAUUCCAAGAUACAGAUGCCCAUUGUCGUCAAAUUGACCAAUGAUCACACUUCGUUAUAUUUUUCAUCGCAUGUUAUUCACGGCGAUCCUGAUAUUAGCUGCGGAACUGUGACGGAGGUCGUUUGCCGGCAGAUGGCGCUGUAUGGCUCUUCAUCCGGCUGUGAUAAAAAUAGAAUUCAAAGUGUGUACAGAGUAUUAGAAAUUUAGAUGUAACAAAUUAGAUCUCAAAAUAGCUUCUACUAAUACAGAUAUUUAUUUCUUUGUUUCUAAAACAAAAUUUGUAGUUCUUAGCAUUAACUUAUAUUCGGGAGUACAUAUUCGAUAUUUAUUUAUCUAUAUUCUAUUUAUAGAAAAUAAUAAUAUAUAAUAUUUUAACAUCUAGGGAGACUACCUUCCUAUCCUUUCACUUGAUCUUACGUUUUUUUCCAUUUGAAAUUAAUCUGUGAUUUGUAUAUAGAAUUUUUUCGGUAAUUUAUUCUUAAUAUAAUGCUUUGUAAAUUAUUCUAUUUAUUUAACACCCGCUUACCGGUUUAUCUAUUUAUUUAUAUUUCAUAUUUUCACAAUCCUCAAAAAGUUAUUUGUUUUUUGGUUGUUUUAUCACUAAAACAAGCAGAAAGAACUUGAGAUUUGCUGUGCAAGUCUGAAGAAUUUAGGGAAACUUGGUGAUGUAUGUAAAAAAAAAAAAACUUUGAAGUUUGACUUUUUUUUAUUGUUUUCGUGUUGAAUAGCAUAUGUUAGUUGUGUUUGCAGUGGAUUUUUUGACAUUUUUUUCUGUGAGUGCGUUAUCUUUUUCUUAUUUUGGUCUCUUAUCUUCCGUCCACAAAACCCCACCCACCCACCCAAGAAAUUACCUUUCGCUCACUUUGUUUGAUUUUCUGAAAUCAGAUUUUUUUGGGUGGGGGAUUUUUUUUUUGACAUUUAGAAAUCGAAAUGAUAUCUAAACAACUUCCCAAUAAUUAGUGAUUUAGCUAGAUAUCAUACAUUUUAUUAAUAAUAGGCUUAUUUAUCAUUAUUAUUACGUAGUAUAGGAUUAUAGCCAGACUGUCUGUCUGUGCAACACCUUAUCGACCGCCGUCCAAAGUUAAAGUGUGGUUAAUUAACUAAUAAUUAGCGGUAGAUUUUAUACUUUCAUUUUUGUUCAAUUUCUUUCUAAUGUUAUUCAUCGAUCAUAUGUUUCAUAGAAUCUUUGCAGAAAUCAAAGUAUCUGAACAUGUGUGAUGACGUCACAUAAGAAAGCAAAUCGAACUCAUCAUUUCAUCACGUGACAUUUCAUGCAUCACCAAUCAUUUGCUAGAUUGUGAACAAUCUAUACCCUUAUCGAAAUCCGUCCAAAACCUCGAUAAGUUAUUUAAUAAUACAUGUAUAUGUAGAAAGAAUGAUUUUAUGGAAUGUUUUUUUCUUCCUUUUAAAUUUUGAAAUAAAAUUGUGAAAAAUCUUAA